GAGCAGCCUGGGGGAAGGGCAUGGCCCGGGGAAGACAAGGAGAAGUCCACUACAGACACCUCUACAACGCAGACCAGUUGGACAUGUCUGCUGCGCAGGCGUCUCUGCGGGGUCGGCGGGAGCUGCUGGAGGAGGCGUGUCUCACCCACACCAGGAAGCGGCGGGUGUUGACCCCAGACGACCUCCGCCACCUCAUAGUGGACGAUAAGCACAGUCUGCUGUACUGCUACGUCCCCAAGGUGGCCUGCACAAACUGGAAACGGGUCCUCAUGGUCCUGACGGGGGACGGACGCUACCACGAGCCCCUAGCCAUCCCCGCCAAUGAGGCCCACGUGGCAGGCAACCUGCGCACGCUGUCAGAGUACUCCACCAGCGAGAUAAACCACCGCCUCCGCAGAUACCUGAAGUUCCUCUUUGUUCGGGAGCCCUUCGAGAGGCUGGUGUCGGCCUACCGCAACAAGUUCACCCGCAGCUACAACACGGCCUUCCACAAGCGCUACGGCACCAAGAUCAUCCGCCGGCACCGGCCCCAKCCRSAGCCGGAMGCGRUGGAGCYGGGKAACGACGUCUCCUUCCAGGAGUUUGUGCAGUACCUGGUUGAUCCCCGCACACAGAGAGAGGAGCCCUUCAACGAGCACUGGGAGAGGAUCCACUCACUGUGCCACCCCUGCUUCAUCCACUACGACGUGGUGGGGAAGUAUGAGACUCUGGAGCAGGACUCCCGCUCUGUGCUGCGGCUGGCCGGCGCUGACGGGGAGGUCCGCUUCCCCACCUCAGGCAAGAGCACCAGGACCAACGGGGACAUGGCGGCUCAGUUCUUCCACAACAUCAGUCCCUUCUACCAGAAGAAGCUGUACAACCUUUACCGCAUGGACUUCCUACUCUUCAACUACUCCAACCCAGAGUACUUGAAGUUUAGGUGAGCGCGGCUCUCUCCAUGUCAACUGUGAUUAAGUAAUCGAUCUGUUUUGGCUCUGGAAUUUGUAAUCAAUCUGGGUAGGUGUGUAGUGGUGUUCAGAUGUUAUUUCUAAGUGCCUUGCCAGUGGAGGAAUCCCUGUAUUGUUAGAUGUAUGAACUGUAUUAUCAUGGGUGACUUUGGGGGCACUGUUCAUUCCUAGUACUCUUCAUGUGGCCUAUAUAAGAUAGAAGCAGGCUCUUCUUGUUGAGGGUUGUGAAGAACUGGUUGUGUGUAUCACAGAAUCCCCCUCCUACACCUUCCUCUUUAUUUAUACAAUUGUAAGAGUAUUUAUUGUAAUUAUAGACUGAGUCAUGGGAGUGCGAAUUGUGGGAGAACUGUGGGAGAACAUUCAAUUUAUGCAUUUCUCUCUGCUUGCACAUACAGCGUGUUUUCUUGACUCUUGCACAUCUUAUGUAGCCAAAAUGUUCCUCUGGGGACAAAGGGUGUUGUAGAACUUACAUAAACCAACAAACAAAAGAAAGCAGUCUACACAUAAAAAAUCAUGAAAAAUC